UACUGCCAUUUACAUGUUAUCGCGGAGCGGCUCUCAGACAGGUGCCGUGGAAAGGGCACGGGGUAUUCUCCGUGUAUUAUUCGCCACACGGAAGUGCGAACGCAGCGCGUCUCCCUGCGGCUGAACGAUAAGAAGCCGAGGGUUCCUGAUAAACACCCGGACACCCGCUGCUGCUGCUGCUCCCUCCAUGCCAACAUGGCACCCAGAGAUCCUCUGCUCGCCUCCCUCAAAGUGUGUGUCCUGAACAUGCAGUCAGACGGAGGCAUAGUGACGGACUCCAGUCCUCACCUCCCCUCCUGCUGCGAGCUGCUGGAGCUGGUCCUCAGAAAGGGGCUGCAGCAGCCAGUCCUCAGUCUGGUCCAGAGAGAUUACUGGCAGUGCUUUGAGCAACUUCCUCAUCAAGACACCUGUAGCAGGCUCUCUGCUCUUUCCCUGGCUGUCGAGCAGACCAGAGUUUGCAGGAAGCUCAUCUCAGCCCAGGGCCGGGGCCGAUACCUGCUGCGGCUGGCCCUCGGCCGCAGGACUCUGUCGCAGUUCUUCACCCACCUGCUGCACACGCCCAGAGUUCUGGAGUGGUACAGUCCCACGUCAUCAAUCUUCAGGAAUGAGGAAUUUGUCGAGCCGUUCAUGUCGCUGCUGCUGGUGCUCUCUCACAUGGAGUUCAAGCUGGACAUGGAGAACUGUAGUUUUCUAGAUGAGAGCUGGCUGCUACCGGUGUGUGACACCUAUGAGGUCGUGCCCUGUCGGGAAGUUGGGAUGGUUUUAAGGUAUCUAAGCGGGCGUGUCUUCGUCCUGGACUUGGUGCCUGGCAGCCAGGCUCAUGUUGACAUGUUUGUCUCCUCUGGCGACAUCAUCGAUGAGAUCAACGGGACUUCCCUGAGAAACUGCAAAAACGGACAAGCAGGCGUUGUUCUGUCCCGUCUCAAGGGUUGCCCUCUGUUCAUCCGUAUUCUGCGAUGCAGGGCCCAGGACGGAACGAUAUAUCGUCCCCUCGUCAAAAUCUUGAGGGCCCUGAGGACGGAGAACCCCAACGCGCAGCUUGGCCUCACUCCCCAACAAAAGCAAGCCAACGUCGGUCAAAAGCCUCCCGGCACCUCCCAGUGCCUCAAAGAGGGAAGAAUCGUCUACAUUGUGAAGUACUUGGGGAAAGCAAACAUCGGAAUGUUUGGAGGAAAGGAAGUCUUGCAGCAUGCAAUUCCUCAGGUGUUGCAUAAAAACCAACCAAGCAAGGAGGUGCUCUUAGACCUAAAGGAAACACACUUGACGUGUACGGACAGAAAUAGUACGAUGAAGCUGUUUGAGCAUCACUACCCAGAGGUUUCUUGCGUAGGGAGGUUUGCUCAGCCCGGAUACACGAUAUUCGCCUUCUGCGUGGCAGAUUCUUCAGAAACCCCUCGGUCCUCUGGGUUUUGUUGUGUUGUGCUCAAAGCCGGCAACAUGAAGGAGUGCGAGGAUAUAGUCUGCCGCAUUGCUGCUGGGUUCAAGCAUACAGAAUGGUUUGUAUAGGCACAGAUCAACUCGCCCAUGCAAAUAAAUUCAGUCUAAAAUAAAGUGUUAGAACUGUAUUACCUUCUGUAUAUCACCACAAGACACRACUUUGUAUUCAUAAAGACCUUUAAUAGAAAGACAUGUGACAACAUCUCAUAAAUAGUAUUAAAUGUAGCUGCCAAGAUUUUGUGUUUGAGAUAAAAAGCGGCCCAGAAAAAUCACGGGGUAGAGGGUCUGCGGUGCUUCCUCACACUGUGCAGAGGGUCAACUGGGACAGCCAACACUCUGACGCUGCGGCGAAGGGCACCCAGGAUGACAUGCUGGCAUUUUAUGAUCAAUAGCAACUAGGUAAAGAAACGCUGCUCCCGUUAGGAUGUGAAGUAUUUGAUUCUUGUCAAAAGAUUUUAGACUGCUCUGUGAAUAAAAGGAGCCCUCCCCAACGUCAUUAGCCUGACAACCCCCCCCCCUCCCAACAAAAAAAAGGUAAAAUCAUGUCCAUGGUGUACUCGGGCUUGUGGAAUGGUUGGUAUGCUGCAUCACUAAAAAUACAAAAAAAAAAUUCAAGAAGAACUUGUAUAUAUAUAUAUAUA